UUGACGCUGACUUGUCCUGAUUUAAUAUAUUCUUCUCCUACAAUGGCACAACGGCCAAAAAAGGAAUUCGAAGACUCAUCGGAAGAGGAAAACGAGAAGUUCAAGAAUUGGCUAUUCAGCGAUGAAACGAUGAAGUUGAUUAAUGCGAUGGACUCAGAGGAGGAAGAAGAACCGUCCACAAGCCGUAAGCGCAAGAAGAAGCGCCGAAGGAAGUCCUCUUCGGAGGACGCAGAGCAGGAGGAUGGUCCCUCUACAAGCCGCAAGCGCAAGAAGAAGCGCCGCAAGAAGUCCAAGUCUCGUGACAGGGCCCGAAUGGCCGUAGAAGAUCCAGAGAUAGAUGAACCCAUACGAGUUGACACCUCGUCUGAACGCCUUUCGCCCUGUGCCCCGGUCUUAGAACCGUCGGCCAAUAUCCAGGUUGUGGAUUUCAAUGGUGUGGUGGAGCCGUCGGAAGCGGAGGGUCCUGGGAGUUCUAUGGCUAGUCAGGAGAAGUCAGAAUCUCCACCCUCCAAAGCAAUGGAAUGCGAGAUGUCCGAGGAAUCUUCCUCGAAAGUAGGUGAAGAUCCUACAAACCCUACUUAUCUACCACGUGGACAAGAUCCAGAGACAGAUGAACCAUUACGAAAUGACACCUCCUCUGGAGGCCUUUCGCCCUGGGUCUUAGAACCGUCGGCCAAUAUCCAGGUUGUGGAUUUCAGUGGUGUGGUACCGCCUUCGGAAGCGGAGGGUCCUGGGAGUUCUAUGGCUAGUCAGGAGAAGUCAGAAUCUCCACCCUCAAAAGAAAUGGAAUGCGAGAUGUCCGAGGAAUCUUCCUCGAAAGUGGGUGAAGAUCCUACAAACCCUACUUAUCUACCACGUGGACAAGAUCCAGAAGAUCCAGAGAUAGAUGAACCAUUUCGUAAUGACACCUCCUCUGGAGGCCUUUCGCCCUGUGCCCCGGUCUUAGAACCGUCGGCCAAUAUCCAGGUUGUGGAUUUCAAUGGUGUGGUGGAGCCGUCGGAAGCGGAGGGUCCUGGGAGUUCUAUGGCUAGUCAGGAGAAGUCAGAAUCUCCACCCUCAAAAGAAAUGGAAUGCGUGAUGUCCGAGGCAUCUUCCUCGAAAGUAGGUGAAGGUCCUACCAACCCAACUGGUCUACUACGCGGAGAAGGAAAUGACCAGAAUGUCAUCUAGACUAUAUGACACGGCUAUGAUCCAGGAGCUUACCAUGACCUGAAGAAACUAAACCUGCUUUCGGCUGGAUAUCGGAGGUCCCUAAUCAACCAAAUACACACAAAAAAAAACUGUUCGAUGUUUACACAGUUAAAUAUUCAAUUAAAACUUAAAACAAAUCUGGUUAGA